CCCCCCCCCCCCCCCCCUGUCUCUGUCUCUGUCUCUGUUGCAAGAAAGAUAUUCAUCGGCCGCCAUUUUCAUAUCGCUCAACGGCUUCUGGAGCAGCUCGGGAAUUCACUGGCAGCUCAGAUAUCGUGACUUUCAUCACCUGCCUCGAGGAGUCGGCUGGCUCGUCCUCCACUUGGGACUAUAUAAAACCCUAGAAUCCCGCACGUAUAGCGAAACCCCUUCACCAGAUUUUUCAGGAAGUGGUGUGCAAUGCAAAGAUGAGUUCUUUCUCUAUAACCCGGAAGAAGACGCCAUUUCAGAAGCACAGAGAGGAGGAAGAAGCAAAGAAAAAGAGAGCUGAGGAUGAAACAGCCCGCUUGUAUGCGGAGUUUGUGGAGUCAUUCCAAGGUGAUAAUGCGCCUGGCUCAAAAACUUUUGUAAGAGGAGGAACCAUCAAUCCAAAUGAGAAAGUGAAGGCUGAUGCUGAAGGUGAAAAGUCCAAAGAUGGCCUAUCUGUUCCAAAGAAGGGAAGUAGGUAUGUUCCAUCUUUUAUACCACCGCCCUUUUCAACUAAAGGGAAAGAAUCUGAGAAAAAGAAAGAGGAGGAGAGGGUGAAGGAAAAAGAGAAAGGAAAAACGAGGAACAUAGACCACUUUAUGGAAGAGCUGAAGCAUGAACAAGAGAUGAGAGAAAGGCGAAAUCAAGAUCGUGAGCAUUGGCGUGAUAGCCGCCAUAAUGAUAAUUCUGCUCCAUCUAGCCGAUUUGAUGAACUUCCCGAUGAUUUUGAUCUGAGUGGGAAGUUUCCGGGAUCAUUUGAUGAUGGUGAUCCACAGACAACGAACCUUUAUGUUGGAAAUCUCUCACCUCAGGUUGAUGAGAACUUUCUCUUAAGGACAUUCGGAAGAUUCGGACCCAUAGCUAGUGUGAAGAUAAUGUGGCCUAGGACAGAAGAGGAGCGAAGGCGGCAAAGAAACUGCGGAUUUGUUGCAUUCAUGAACCGAUCUGAUGCACAAGCAGCCAAAGAUGAAAUGCAAGGUGUUGUUGUCUAUGAGUAUGAGUUGAAAAUUGGAUGGGGUAAAUCUGUUGCACUUCCAUCUCAAGCACUACCUGCUCCACCACCUGGACAGAUGGCCAUCCGGAGUAAGGAGGGGGCAACUGUGGUCUUAUCGGGUCCCUCUGGUCCACCAGUUACGACCAUCCCAAGUCAGAAUUCUGAGCUGGUUUUGACUCCAAAUAUUCCUGAUAUAACUGUUGUGCCGCCAGAAGAUGAUCAUGUUCGCCAUGUGAUUGAUACAAUGGCUUUAUAUGUUUUGGAUGGAGGAUGUGCUUUUGAACAGGCGAUAAUGGAGAGAGGCCGUGGAAAACCACUUUUCAGCUUUUUGUUUGAUCUUGGGUCUAAGGAGCAUACAUACUACAUUUGGAGGCUUUAUACUUUCGCACAGGGUGACACUCUUCAAAGAUGGCGAACGGAACCUUUCAUCAUGAUAACUGGCAGUGGAAGAUGGGUUCCACCUCCGCUGCCAACAGCAAGAAGUCCUGAACAUGAAAAGGAAUCAGGAACAACAUAUGCUGCCGGAAGAAGCAGGCGUGUAGAGCCAGAACGGACGCUGGCAGAGUCACAACGGGAUGAAUUUGAAGACAUGCUUCGUGCAUUGACGUUGGAGAGAAGUCUAAUUAAGGAAGCAAUGGGCUUUGCUUUAGACAAUGCUGAUGCAGCUGGAGAGAUAGUUGAGGUCUUAACAGAAUCUUUAACCCUAAAGGAAACUCCUAUUCCCACGAAAGUUGCUAGGCUUAUGCUGGUCUCUGAUGUGCUGCAUAAUAGUAGUGCGCCUGUUAAAAAUGCUUCUGCAUACCGCACCAAAUUCGAGGCAACUCUACCCGAUAUAAUGGAAAGCUUCAAUGACUUGUACCGCAGCAUCACUGGGAGGAUAACUGCUGAGGCCCUAAAGGAACGAGUUAUGAAAGUUCUUCAAGUGUGGGCAGACUGGUUUCUAUUCUCGGAUGCGUAUGUUAAUGGACUGCGGGCGACCUUCCUUCGAUCUGGCAAUUCUGGUGUAACCCCUUUUCAUUCUCUAUGUGGUGAUGCUCCGGAACUGGAGAAAAAACUGGGCUCUGACGAAACAAGUGAUGCAGUUAAAACAAACCAAGAUGCUGCUUUGGCCAUGGGAAGGGGAGCAGCUACAAAGGAGUUGAUGAGCCUUCCACUUGCUGAGCUCGAAAGACGGUGCAGGCACAAUGGAUUAUCCCUUGUAGGUGGUAGAGAAAUGAUGGUUGCUAGGUUGUUGAGUCUUGAAGAGGCUGAGAAGCAGAGAGGAUAUGAACUUGAUGAAGAGUUGAAACUCAAGCAGAGCCAGGCAAGUUCUCUUAGGCAUUCGGGUGCCAGGGAAGUUGAUGUUGAUCAGAAUCGUUAUGGCGAUGACAGACCGCAGGCACAGGGACAGGAUGAGCCUGCUUCUUUAGGGUCGACCAUUCCGAUUUCACCUCUGGAACUGAAAGCAUUCACAAAGAAGGAUAAGAAUGAGCCCAUCCUGCCUUCUUCCAAAUGGGCUCGGGAGAAUGACGAGAGUGACGAUGAGCAGCAGAGAAGUUCUCGGGGUUUAGGCUUGGGCUAUUCUUCAUCGGGGAGUGAGAAUGCAGGCGAAGGUCCAGGUAAUGCAGAUGGUUUGGAGGUGGCAACUGAUACAAGCAUGCCUUCUCAGCAUGACAGCGGAAUUACUGAAGAACAAAGACAAAAAAUGCGGCGUCUAGAGGCUGCAUUGAUUGAAUAUCGGGAAUCUCUAGAAGAUCAGGGAAUCAAAAACCAAGAGGAAAUUGAGAAGAAAGUCGCUCUCCACAGGAAAAGACUUGAAUCAGAAUAUGGGCUAUUAGACUCUGGGAAGUCCUCAGGAAAAAGGGACAGACGAGAUGAUGCCCGUGACUCUUCAAGGAAACGGCAAAGAAGCCCAAGCCCUAGCAAGAGUCCGCCACGAAGAUCAUCAAACAGAGACAAGGAGAGGGAUAGAGACGGCAGAGCUCAUCACUUGGAGGGUGAUAGGAGAAGAGAUCGUGAGAAGAGCGGCAGCAGAGAGAGGGAUGACUAUGAGCGGGACAGAGCCAGAGACAGAGACAGAGAACGAGAUAGAGACCGGAGACGGCGGAUGUAAGGAUUUGAGAUUUAUGAGAGGAGAAAUUCGUGGUCUGGCAUUAUAAUCCAUGACUCUAGCCCUUCUCAAUUAAAUUGUGGGGGAAGUUUGGUCUUCUUUCGUAUCAGUAUUAGUGAAUUGGGUUUGCUCAGAGUCGGUUUGAAAGGGUGUGUGGAAUUAACACCCAUUGCAGUUUUCCAGCUUAUCAGCAGGCGUAGAUUCACAACAUGUAUUUGUAAGGUGGAGGCUGUUCGACGAGUUCUCUCUGUUAUGGUCGAUGGGCUUGUAACUGUGGUGAUAUUAGUUGAUAAUGAUCAAUGAAGUACCGAUGAGGAUGUCCCUUUGGAUAUUCGAUUUUCCUCCUCUCUUCAUUA